GCUGGGGAGCUCCAGCCUGGAGAACCCCCAGGCUGUGGCCUUGGUGAAGGCCAGGACAGGUGACCUACGAGGCAAUGGAGACUCAGGCCUGGAGUCUUUGCUGCUGAACAGUCUUUAGGCAGGAUGAUGGGAUGACACCAAAACGAGCUCACAGUGGUUCUGGGAUGUUUGGGAGCAGCAGGUCAGAUUCUUCUCUGGCUUACGGGGUUUUACGUCACUAGAACUCUGACACCGUUGUAUUUACUCCUGGUUUAUGCUGCGAGGAGGGAGAAGAGACUCGGGCCCAGGGAGUCACCAAUGGCUGUCUGGAAAGUGACAUAAAAAUGCCCUUAUUUUAGCCAAGUUUCACAGGUUUCAUAUCUUUUCAAGCACCAAAACCAGGCAUGGGAUAAGCUCCUUUCCCUGCAAACUGGCUUGUGGGUCUACAGUUAAUUACGACCAUUCUCUGCUUUUCAGAGCUCUGCCUCUAGAGUGCCCUGGAUUCCUUGGCACCUUGGCCCUCUUAGCUGGGACCCUGCUGCAGCCCUUCACGCGAUCUGUGUCACCUGAUGCAGAGGGUGAGGCUCAGGUCAAAUGCUGGGUUUGCAGCCUUGAGACUGUGUCUUGAAGAUGCCAAGCGCCAAGGAUCCUGGUUCAUAUCCCUCCUAAUUUCAAUUGUCACUGAGCCUCUUGCUGUAAUCGAGUGACUGUCACUAUCGGUGUUAAUUGGUGCCCGUGCAGUGUCUGACGUUCCGGUGAGUGCAAUGCAUAGCUUACAGCCUGCCUGCGGGCCCUUGGUCUCUCUGUCUCCGUUCCCCAACCGGACAAUAGGGAUCACAGCCCUGCCUACCUCACCGGGGUGUGAUGAGAAAAACAUGGAGGGGGUUCUCAGCUCCCAUGGUAAUGGGGGCCAGCCAGGCAGACAGAUGUGUAUGGAGCAAACAGGGCGGUCAUUCAAUACAGAGAUUCGAAGGUGACUUUUAGUGUUUGGAUUAGGAGUUUCCUGCUACGCUAACCAUGAAGCAUCUGCUCAGUAUUGUGGCUCUUUGUGUCUCCUGAGAGGGAUCCCGGAAUGCCUGUGCAGUGUGCGAGCAGCUGACCAGCAGAGAGCUCCCAGCCCCCAGUCGAGUCACUCCCCUGUCAGGUCUGAGUCUGUUCAGUUUUACUCCUAGCGCACAUAAGCACACCAGUCAGGAAUGCACCCAAGCCAGAGCACACGGUGCGGAUAACGGAGUGGGCACUUCUCCACAUUUAAGUAGCUGGGAGAGAGUCCAUCUUGGUUGAAGGGAAAGCGAAUUGUUUAACCAACGCUGGCAAGUUGGACCCUUUUGUCUGACACAGAAUAUUUCCAGGUAACUGCACAGUGAUCCAGGACUGAGGGCAGCCGGCAGCCUUGCUUCCAAAGGGGAAGGAUCAGUUUGAUAAAGCAUUUCUGGAGGUGCCUUACGAGAUGGAACUGCACAUCUGACCGCACCCAGGAGAGCAGCUCGGCAGAAAUGGAAACCGUGGUGAUAGUUGCCAUCGGCGUGCUGGCUACUAUCUUCCUGGCGUCCUUCGUGGCACUUGUGGUGGUUUGCAGGCAGCGCUACUGCCGGCCUAAGGAUCUCUUGACUCAUUAUGAUACCAAACCGAUCGUCGACCUUAUUGGGGCGAUGGAGACGCAGUCGGAGCCCUCGGAGCUUGAGCUGGACGACGUUGUGAUAACAAACCCCCACAUCGAGGCUAUUCUGGAGAAUGAGGACUGGAUCGAAGAUGCUUCGGGCCUGGUCUCUCACUGCAUCGCUAUUCUCAAGAUUUGUCACACUUUGACAGAGAAGCUCGUUGCAAUGACAAUGGGCUCUGGGGCCAGAAUGAAAUCUCCCGCAAGCCUGAGUGACAUUAUUGUGGUGGCAAAGCGGAUCAGCCCCAGGGUGGAUGAUGUUGUGAGGUCGAUGUACCCACCUCUGGAUCCCAAGCUUCUGGAUGCUCGGACAACAGCCCUGCUGCUGUCUGUCAGCCACCUCGUCCUGGUGACCAGGAACGCCUGCCACCUAAGCGGGGGCAUGGACUGGAUCGACCAAUCGCUGUCUGCUGCGGAGGAGCACAUGACGGUGCUGCGCGAAGCGGCUCUGGCCACCGAGCCCGAGAGAAGCAUCGCGGGGGGUGCGGAAAGCUUCCUGCAGGAGCAGUCUGCCAUCUGACGGAGGUGGCCCGGCCUGCCCUGGUGAGCGCUGACGCUCCACGUUCCCAGGGCAUCCAUGCUGCUGCUUGGUGCACUGAGGUGGUCAAAUAUUUGCAUGAGCCAUGCAGAGCUAUUAGUAUAUUGACACUGAACUGUUACCAGCGGGUAGCUAAGGCAAUGCGCUUCUGCCGGUCCCCUGCUGCUUUGUAGUGUGGUUGAAGUGCCCUGUGCAUGGAACAGUGGGGCUCUGAUUAAUAAAAUCCCAUGAGAAGUCA